UUGAUAAACUUGUUGAGGGUAGGGACGAGUUUUCUAGUCAUGUUAAUAUCACACUUCCUAAUAUAGUACCUGAUACUAGAUACUGAUAAAAUUGAGUUGAAGUAAACUUUUUGUAAUGUUGUUCUUUGCCUUCUAAAGUUUUAAUUUAUUUACAUCGUAGAUGCUGAAAAAAAGUUAUAGAGAGUCUGAAAGUAAAGAACAUAAAGUAAAACCUGAAACAGAAAACUUGGUGCCAUUUGGGGAUGUGGUUGGCUGUGUGGCUAUUCAUAUAAAGAACUGCAGUCAUUUUACACCUAAGAUCUAUUUACAGAAUUACAAUAAUUUGUGCAUUCGUAUCUCUAUAAACAACAUUGUGAAAUAUACAAAAAUGUGUAGCUUGCUAUCCCAAAGCAAGCCAUAUAUCAAUAAUAAAAAGAAAACUAUGAUUAAGUUUGAUGAAAUGAAGUAUUUUUCUGUACAGGUUCCCAAACGCCAAGAUGAUGUGCGGAAUAAUAUUUACUUGGAUCUAGUACAAUAUGACAACAAAGAAAAUGAUACUCUCGUGUUAGGGCGUGUUCAGUUACACCUUUAUGAAAUAAUCCAGAAAGGGUGCUUUACUGAAGAAUUUCAAAUGUUGAAUGAAGAAAACACAUUUAUCUGCAGCAUGGAGGUGGAAUUUAUGUUUUCCUAUGGAAACUUUGGUUAUGGAUUUUCACAUCAGUUAAAACCUCUCCAGAAAAUUGUUGAACCAUCCAUGUUUAUGAAUACUGCACCGCCUCCAGAAAGAACAGACCCUGCGACAAAUAUUAUUAUACCACAGUCAAUAGAAUAUCCAGCAUUCUUAUCCCCAGACCUGAAUGUUACUGUUGGGAUACCAGCUUCAGUAACCCAGUCCAGCCAGCCCUCUGUAGUGCGACUUGAAAAACUUCAGCAGCAACCUCGGGAAAGGCUGGAAAAAAUGAAAAAAGAAUAUAGAGAUCUGCCUACGUGGGAAGAAAAAGCUACAUAUUUAGAAAAAGUUCUUGGUCCCAAAUUGAAAUAUAGUGAACAUAAGGGAAAUAAUAUCUAUGAGGCAGCUGAAAGCCAGUUUGAAAAUCCUGAAGACACUGUAACAUCAGAUACCCCUCUUAUAAGUGACGAAGCUGAAACUAUUCCAUCUGAGUUGAUGAAUAAUGAUGAUGAGAAAAGCCUGACUGGACCGACUUUGAACCAGCCAGAUAGAGAUAGUUCAAGUGCUAUUGCUCCUAAAAGUGUUGACUCAACUAAACACAGUGAUAUUCCACUGAUCAAUGUUCCUAAGAAAAAGAAGAUAACCAGAGAGAAUAAAAUAACACCUUUAGAGGAACACCAACCAGAAUCCACGACAGACCGAAGACAGAGUAAUACACCCUUUCUACUGGAAGUGAAAUUACCUGAAAAACAUCCAAGCAUUUUAAAAGGAGACUCAACUACAUCAGAGAGUUCACAUUAUUCCCUUAUUUCACCAAAUGAAUAUGUAAAGUUCCCUAAUUUUUCAGAUGAGAUAAUGCAAGAUAAGACCUAUGGAUGGCUAAACACAAAUAAAAAAGGAAAAUCAGUGGCUUUUUCACAAAAAGAACACAUGGUACCAGCUUUGAAACCAGACUACAAAGAAUUCAAACCAAAAUAUCAGAAUUUCAACACCAAGAACAGUUUUGAUUCUUUCCUAAGGGAUAUAAACAACAAAAUGUCAGUCAGCAAAAGGAACAACCAGGAUCGGCCCAAAUAUAGAAACAGUUUAAAUGCAGAGGUUAUAGAGCAUGAAGACCAAGAUCCUCCUUACCUGACACAUUCGAAAGCUCCAAGACCUACUGAUGAAAACUGGCCCAGUGGUCUCGGUACCAGCGCUGUGGGCGCCGAGGCUGUGGGCGCCAAGGGUAACCUAGCCUGUGAUCCUAGCAUCACCACAACAGAGAGUUUAGAUAUUACGAAUCAGUUAAAGGAAAGACUAGCAAGUGUAUCUUUACCAAACUUUGAAAGAGAGUCAUCACCGACUGAAAAUGUAAAUAUAUGUCAACUCUCAAAAUCAUUAAGUCUUACUCCCCACGAAGAACACUUAAAACAAUCAGUGGUGCUCAAGUCAGUUUUAAGUAACAAUCUUCAAGACCACUUAGAGAAAUUAUUUUCUAAACCAGGAAUUCCUAUGGACACCGAAGCAAGAGGGGAAAGUCAUAAUUCUCCACUUCUGAGUGUUCAUGACAAACCAUCAAGUAGUUUGGAAGACAAAAUACUUGAAAAAAUCCAAGAUUUAAAUAGCUGGCUUUCAAAAGAAGACAUUUUGAAUUCAAAGUCGCUUGUAAAUCCAAUAAUUAAAGAUAUUCCUGGAGUUUCACUUUCAGAAGAUGGGCCAGGAAAUUCUCCAGAGAGAGAAAGAGCGCUUGUCUCUGAAAAAUGCUUAGAGGCUGGUGAGAUAACUUUUCCAAUAAAAAAAAAGAGUAGUUUCAAAAAGAAACAUUUAGAAAGUAAACUGUCUAGCUCUGAGUCAGGUUUCAGUGACAUCGCACAUGAUUAUGUUUUAAAGCAAAUAUUCACAGCCCCAAUCUUCUCCAAGCUGGAGAUGGGUGUGGAAGGAUCGAGUGAGUCAGAGAUGAACUGGCAGAAUCAAUUACUCACAGCUUGGGAGAAUUUUUCUUCAAAUAUUCUAGUUCACUAUGAAGAAAACUAUAAUGAAAUAGAAUUGCCAGAGGCCAAGUCUGCUAUAAGCCAGAUAAUACAAACACUUCCUGUAGAUAAUCUUUUAGAAUCUGGGAUCAUCAAAGUGAUAGAAUUAGGUCAAGAAUACCAGAAGAGUUCUUUGCUGGAUACAGAGACAGCCUUUGCUGAAGAAAAGCCAAAGGACUCCACAGAGGAUUACUCAGAAAUCAAAAGCAAAACAUACUCUCUUUCAAAGCAGAAUAUAGCCAUCAUUCCCAAAGAAUCCACUUCUUUUUUUAAUAGAGUCGAAUUUAUAGAUAAAAGCCAAAAUACAUCCCCACAAGAUUCAAAAUAUCAGUCAACACCAGAUAAAAAAACAGAUUUGCCAAGUAGUGGUCAGAAGCUUGAUGGAGAAGAAAAUGAUCUAAGUUCUACCUUAGAAAAUUUAAGUAACUUGUUAUUGGGUAAACUUAAUGAGCCAGAUGUAAUAAUGUUAAAAUCCUUUUUCAAAAACAUACUUAAUGUUUUUUUAAAAUAUAAUCAGUCUGAAAAGAGAAGACAACCAGAAAAAGAAUUAGAAAGACUAAUUCAACAUCCUUUUCUAAAUAAUGCAGAAGACCUUGAAGAAAUCAAAGAUAAUUUUGAUAAAGCAGACAAAUUAAACAGAAAACCUUGUUUGAAUCCAAAGCUGCGGGUAUUUCUAGAAGCACUCUCAGAGUCAGAAAUAAAAAAUUUUAAAUCUGAAUUAAGUAAACAUAUCCAGCAUUACCUUGUACAAAGACUUUCAGAAUCAGGACAUAUCACCAAAGAGGACUUACCAAAAAUCUGUCAAAACCUGUAUUUGAUGAAUGAGAAAGCAGAACCAAAAGGGCAAAAUGUUUUUCUGGAGAAAUAUUCAGAAAUUGUAAAAGAAACCGUAUCUUUUGUAAAUAAUUUUAAUCAUCAUUUCAUAGAUAAACAUUUGGAAAUAAGGCUGAGAUCUUUUUUAAAUGAAGUUCUUCAAAACUAUUUCCUAAAAAACCUUUCAGAAAGCAGUUUAUUUAAAGAGACUGAAUCUACCCACUCAAACAUAUCUUUUUUAAGGACUAGAAGUGCUUCGGUAUCUUUUCACGAGUUAGGACAAGAUAUUUCAAAGGGGAGUUUUGGUAGAAGGCUUGAAAUAAACAUGAAAUAUCCUUUAAAUAAAUCUCUACAAAACUGUCUUAUAGCUUUAUCACAAAAUGAUGAACUAUUAAAUCUAAAAGCUGAUUUAAGCAAAUACCUCCAGAUACUUUUUAUUGAAAAACUUUCAAAAUCAGGAGUAAUGAUUGAAAGGCAAGUGGAGGGAAUCAGCAGCCAUAUAAAUUUGAUUAAGUCUAGUUCCACAUCGUUAAAAUGUAUAAAGCCAGAUUUAUCUUUCAGAGAUCAAAAUCAGUUUAUGGAGGAACAUUCAGAAAAGCAAAAUAAAUAUUCAAAUAUUGUUCAUCAAGCCACUGUACAAAAGGCUCCUGAGGAUAGAGUUGUAGAAACAGAAUUAACUGGAAAGAAAGAAAAGGAGUAUUUUCCCUUACAGAAUAUUAAAGAAAAUACAUCAAUAAUUACAGAACAGGAAACACUGAAUUUAAUUAAAGUACAACCUUCUUCCAACAGAAACACCCAAGCAGUUCCAUUAAAGAAGUCAUCAGAUGGACGUACAGCUAUAGUGCUUAAGAAACAAAGAGAACAACAUGGUUUCAUGAAGCUUCCUCAAGCAGAAAAUUUUGAUUUUAAGACAGAGAUUCAAACCAUACAUAGUUGGAGUGGUAAAUCAAAAGUCCCUCAAGCAAAUGUUUGCUUUGAAAGCACGCUGAAAAUGAAGUCGCUUGAAAAAAAGGAGCAUAAUAUCUAUAAACUGAUGGCACAGGACAAACCCGAAGCGGGGUUGCCGCCCUGGCCUGGAAGCCCUUCCUGCAGGACGUCGGAGGCCGGCGAGCCGGCCAGGGCCUUGCCCCCUCCCAGGCAGAGCAGCGCGCGCGCUCACUUCAGCGCGGAGGCCGCGGAGAGCUCGAAAUUAGACCAGUUUUGUCAGAGACUGAAAGGACGUAACAACAACAACAAAAAGCAACAGUCAGUAACGUUUGCACAUUACGAAAAGGAAAUACAAGCUCUUUAUAUAAAACCAAGUGAAAUUUUCAAUGAAAAAUGUGCCAAGGUCCAUGAAUCGCAAUCAUUUAAAUACAAAGUUGUGGAAGCUGGGAAAAACUCUAAGCCAUCCCUCUUCCCAGAGGUAUUAAAGAGGGAAAAUCCGAAGUCCAGAGUCCGAAAAGAAAAAGAGCACACCAACAAACAAAAAAAGUCGCCUAGGAUAGUUAAGGUGCUACCAACCACACCGCCCGCCGCAGCACUAAGGAAAUCUGUUCCGAGGACUUUGCUUCAUUGGACUGCCCGAAGAACUGUACACGAUUGUUCGGAGAGAUUUGAGGAUUUACCUGUGACCUCAUUUCAGCAUCUUGAAAAAGUGAAAUCAAGAGCAAGACUUUUAGAAAAGAGCCCAGAUGAUAGCCAUGAUCUGUUAAAACACUUUGCAAGACCAAACACUGCUCCAGGGGUUAACAAACGACGAGAAAGCUACACUGGAAAGUUUACAGGUUCUCGAAUGGUUUCAGCAGGCUUACUUCAUUUAAGUGAUAAGGUCCCAGAUUAUGAAAUCUACAAAAUGCAGCCAAAAAAAAUUUAAAAGAAAAUGCUGAAAAUUGUUUGCUCAUUUGUUAUAUCUAGUUGUUAAACAGUUCAGAAUGAUAUGUGAGGCCAACAGUCAGAAUAUCAUUUCUCCAAUUAACAAAAUGGUUUGGAGAUCUGUCCUUUUGUGUGAUAGAAAUUAGCAACCAAAUUUCAUCUUGUUAGAACCAUUUUGUUUUAAUUAAAAUGAAAAAGAAACACUUUUUGAUGUAAAUGUUUUUGUUUAUGAACCUUGAGGAACAAACCCAGAAAUACAUAUUCAGUUCAUAUUCAUUAGCUAAGUUGUGUUCCCAGCUUUCCCUCGUUUUCAGUAUAAAACAGUUAUCACUCCAAUUCCUAGCUCUCUGAUUUCCCAGACCUUUGUUACUCUCUAAAUUAUCCCUGUCCACUCAGUUUUCAGGUUCUCUAUUUGCAGUUGUUUAGUUUUUUACUCUUCAGCUUUAGUUAACAUUUCUUGAUUUACAGAAUGCAAUUCUUUAAGCCUGUAGAACUUCUGUUAAUUUGA